CUUUUUCAAAUUUCCGGAGCAGCACAAACACGCAGGUUUGAUCUUCGAUCGCGAUAGAGAUGGCGGAAGGAGAAGGAAGUACAGAGGAGAAGUACGACGUAGACAUCGCGGCCCCCGCUUCUUCACUCGGCGGCGCCGGCGUCUUCCAUAUCGUCAAUGACAUUAUCGGUUUCGUCCUCUAUAUGUACCAGCAGAUCCCUUCGGUGUUGCAAGACAUGAGUCUUGACUUUGAUGGACUGCAAACAGAGUUUACUGAUUUGGAGGCGCAUCUUACACAACCAGAUGUGAAGCCGCUGGUCAGGAGAAAACUCAUGAGUAGAAAAAGAGAGGUUAAGCUUGAAAUAAAGAAACUGCAGAAACUGAUGACCACCAUCUCUAGUCUCCGAAGCGCUCUCCAGUUAUUGAUCCGUGAAGCUCCUCACAUUCACAGAGUUGUGUUGAUUCUUGGUGCUAGUCCUUUACGGCCUCAUAAAGCUUAUGAGUUGUUAUUCACACACGGUGGUAAUGUUUUGAGCUUUGAAGGUGACUUUUCCAAAAGCAAAGCUACAGAAGCACUUUCGAAAAAGACUAUCCGAUCACUGAUCUCGACGGGUGCUGGAUCAACUUCGUGCCCAGGUCCAAUGAGGCUCUUCAUAUUGGUACAAGCUCCACCUUCUUUAAAUCUUCCUCAACAUUUCCUUCCUAAACGUGACUUUAGAUACAACAGAAAGUUUGUGCCUCUCAAGUUGCGGUUCAAAUGCAAAACUCAAGAUAACGAGACAAGUUCUCCGUUCAACUCUGGCACAAAUGAUCCAAUAUGGUUUCAGUGCCGACAUGUGAUAAAGGGCUUAGCUUUCCAGCAACCAGUUGACGAAUAAUAUGACUUAAAAGAGUUUUUGUUUCUGUCUAUUGCAACUACUCUGUAUCACUUACUCGUCUUCUGAUCCAGUACUCGUUUAGGGUUUAUUCACACAUUUCUAGACUUGUCUGUUACAUUUAAGAAAGAAACCAAAAAU